CGAUAGUAUCGGUUAAACAGUUGGUCAUUAAUUUCAGUUUUUCUUGUUGGUGAUUAGUUACUUUUUUAAUUGUUAUUCGUUAAUUGUAAAAUUAUUUCAGGUUCAAUUCUAAAUUGAAUAAUGUUCAGGACACUUAUUUCAAUCGCAAGACUACCAGUUAGGCCCAAGGUUUCCACUCUUUUCAAUCAAACCCGAUUAUUGGCACACCAAAAGCCACCGGAAGGUUCGUCAGCAAUUUACAAGCCACCUCAUGAUGUAGAAGAGACAGACGAAGAAUUUGAUAAUAGAUAUUACCAAUAUUUCUCCAGACCCGAUAUUGAUGGUUGGGAGAUCCGAAAAGCUUUCAACGAUUUGAUGGGAAUGGAUCUUAUACCCGAACCUAGGAUUAUCGAAGCAGCUUUAAGAGCUUGUCGUCGAGUUAAUGAUCAUUCACUGUGUGUUCGAUACUUGGAGGCCGUUAAAUGGAAGGCAGACAAUCACGAUAAGGAUAUUUAUCCCUACUUGUUACAAGAAUUGAAGCCAGUUUUGGAAGAACUUGGAAUCAGUACCCCUGAGAAUCUUGGUUAUGAUAAACCUGAAUUAGCUUUAAGAAGCCCAGAUUUUUAUUAGAAAAAAUUUAAAGAACGUCUGAUGAUCGGAUUAAUAAGUACUAAUUCACUGUCAGCAGUCAUCAGAGGAAGUUGAUUGUCUCGGUAAUAAUUGAUUAAAUGAGUGACACUAUCGAAA